GUCACGGAGGUGUUUGUAAUGUCACCAGUUCUUAACAAGGCGAGUACAGAGAACCACCACAGCACGGUGUGGGGUCCAACAUGUUGUGGCACUGAUUGCUUGGCAACAGAAACAGACAUGCCACUACCACUGAUGGAGGUCGGAGAGUGGGUACAGAUCAGUUACGCAGGAUCCUACUCGUUUAGCUGCAGUACCAACUUUAACAGCAUGCCACGUCCUAGGCUUUAUUACUUCUGUUCAAGUGACACGUGGACCUCUUUAGUUAAUGAAUCUGUGAAGAUAAGCAGUAUCUGUUGAUACCAGAUCAUCAACAGCCUUUUUGUAGACAGGUAAGU